AUGGGUGAAUCACUUGAGUUCAGUGAUUUGGAAGAGGAUUCUUCCACCGAUGAUGACUCAUGGGCAAGUGAUAAAAAUGCAAUUUUCUCUCAAUAUUUCAGGACAUUUGAGUUAAACCUUGCAACUUGUGCAUCCUGCUGCCGCCAUGAUCAAAGUGCACAAGUACAGCAAAAUGAACAGCUAUAUAAAGCAUGGCAGGCACAGAUUCCUGCGCUUGUGCAUGCCUACCUUCAAUGGAAGCACAACUCUGUCCACAUUAUUAUUGAAGAUGACCAAUGUCAUACAUUCUAUGUCGGGUCUGUUGGUUUUAAAGGGAUCGUGCAGGCAAUGGCAAAAGUGUUUUAUGCUCUUCACAAUCUUCCUGAGGACCACAAUUUCCAGCUAAAGUGUAUUCACACCAUUGAUGGGAAUUUCUCUGCAAGAAGAAUGGGAUCAUCUGGUCAAGGCAAUCACUCCUACAACUGUACUGAGAACUGGAUGGCAGCCAAGUCUACUGAUGAGGGCAAGGUUCAGGUUUUUGAUCAAACUGGAAUAUUUGUUAUGGCAUAUAGGCAUGGCUUUGUGGAAACAGUUGCCAAAAUGAAAUGUAGUGGUGAACUAGAAAAAUAUAGUCUUGCUACUAUCAGCAAGCUAUCAGAUGUCUGUGGGGCCAGCCAAGUGAGGAUAUGGAAACGUUUCUUGGAUCUGCAUUUUGACCAGUGGAACAAGGAUAAGUAUUUGGAACUUAGCUGGUUUCUCUUUAACAACUACAAGCAAGCACUUACUAUCAUCAAUGACAACAAUGCCGACCUCCAGGCAUAUCAGAAAUUACAAUGCAUUGAUGAACUUGACAAGCUCAAAUUUGCUGAAGCCAAAUAUGGUAGUCUUACAGCUUCACCAUUUUUGAGUCACACGCCAGCACACUUCACAUCAUCAUCAGGACUUUCACAAAGUGCUUUGAUUGACACAAGAGCAGUUGAAUCUGAACGAAAGGAAGCACACCAAAAACUGCUUUUGCAGAUGAACCUGGUACAUGACUUUGUACUCCGUGCUGGAAUCAAGGAAGAAUGGAAUGAAUCACAUCCAGAGUAUAUAAAAGCAUGUGAAUAUAUUGCAGUGUGGCAUUUUUGCUUGUUCAAACUUUCAAAAGCCAACUUGUCGGGUACAGGCUACAAAAUGCGAAAAAAACUUUCAAAAGCUAUUGCAAAGUGGUCUGGCACUAUCUGA